AUGAAUGUUGGUGAGGAAAUACCAGCUAGGUGCCUUGGUGAAACGGGAGCUCUCAGCUUCAAUAAACCCACGGAACAAGAUUUAAAAGAUACACAAGAAUUAGAAGCUAGCCUUGCUCAGUUGAAUAUUUUUGAAACUCAAGAAGAGAUAUCACAGAGACGUGAAGCUCUUGUUAGGUUACAAGAGAUUUCAAAUGCAUGGAUUCGUCGUAAAGCCCUGGAACAAAACCUUCCCCCACAUGUCGCUAAUUCUACAACUGGGAAAAUUUUCACUUUUGGUUCAUAUCGUUUAGGUGUCAAUUUCAGGGGUGCAGAUAUUGAUUCUUUACUAGUUGUUCCACGGUUUAUAACACGUGAAGAGUUUUUCAGUGAUUUUCAGGCUGUAUUAGCAGAAAAUCCCAAUGUAGAAGAUUUGCAUGCUGUGGUGGAUGCUUUUGUUCCUGUUCUUAAGAUGAAAUUCAUGGGAGUUGAAAUUGAUCUACUAUUUGCUCAAGUUGAUCAAAUGUCUAUACCGGAAAAUUUUAGUCUUUGUGAAAACACUGAAGUACUCAUGAGAAAUAUGGAUGAACGUGAUGUACGCAGUAUUAACGGUGUUCGUGUUACAGAAGAUAUUCUCAAUUUAGUGUACAAUAAAAAUUCUUUUAAAGUAGCUUUAAAGGUGAUACGAAUCUGGGCUAAACGUCGUAAUGUCUAUUCCAAUGCAUUGGGUUUUUUGGGUGGUGUAUCAUGGGCAAUUUUAGUUUCACGAAUUUGUCAACUUUAUCCAUAUGCUACACCAUCAAUGAUUGUUUAUCUAUUCUUUACAAUAUUCAGUCAAUGGCCUUGGCCAAAACCUGUACGAUUGCGUGAAUGUGAAUAUAUUGCAAGUUUAUGCUUACCUGUUUGGGAUCCGAGACUUAAUCCUUCUGAUCAAUAUCAUUUAAUGCCUAUAUUGACUCCCAGUUAUCCAUCUCAAAAUUCAACAUACAAUGUACAACGAAGUAAUCGUAUUAUUAUUGAAAGAGAAUUAAAACUAGGUUUAAAUAUUGUCAGAGCUUCAAUGAUGCAUAAAAGUUCAUGGUCUAAUUUAUUUGAAGCAGCAUUUUUCUUUCAAUAUCGUCAUUAUGUAGUUGUUAUUGUAGUUGGAAAUAUUAAACAUACUUUUAUUGAAUUAUGCGGUUUAGUUGAAUCUAGAUUACGUGUACUUGUUAGUAAUUUUGAAGUGAAUCGUUAUGUUAAAAUGGCACAUGUGAAUUGUCAUGCUUAUGGUAAAGGUCCAAAUGAUGUUGAUGUGAAUUUUGUACGUAAAUGGUUUAUUGGUAUGGAAUUUGAUCGUAAUACUACUUCAACUACUACUACUACAACUACAACUACUUCUAGUAAUACUACUCAUUCACUAAACAAUACUCUACAUAAUAAUUCGAAUGUUUCUAAUGAAAAACCUACAUUGAAUGUAGAUCUGAGUGAGAAUAUUAGCUCUUUUGAAAAAUCCAUUGAACGUGGUCUUUCAAGUGAAGAUUUAUCAGUUACUGUGAAAUAUGUUAAAAAAUCACAACUAGCUCAAUUCAUUUCUGCUGAAGAUAUGGAUGAGAUUAAACGUCAAGCUGCUGCUGCAGCUUUAUCCAAUGUAAAUAAUUCUGCGGAAAAUCAAAAAACCAGUCGUUUACAUUCUACUGCUACUACUGCUAGUGCUACUAGCAGUAAUAGUAGUAGUAAUACAACACUCAACACUAUGUCUAGUCCAGCAAGUAGUAUUGAACUGUCUACUUGUGAGGAAAUUAAUUCCUCUCCAGCGAAUACUCCUCUUCUACACAAUUCCAUGUCUACCAAUUCAUUAAACAAUGCAGCGCCGACUACUGCAAAUUCAUCUGCCAGCAACAUAAAAUGUCCUCCUUCAUCUCCGACAUUCGGAUGCUGUGCAAGAACGGAUACUGUGAAGGUCGACGGGGAGGGAGAGGAGGAGGAGGAGGCUACAUCAUCUUUAUUAUUGUCGUCGGAUCAUUCAUCAUUGUGCAAUAAUAAUAAUAAUAAUAGUAAUAAUAAUGCACUCAAUCCAAUGGAUUCGAUUAUUGUCGGUACUGGUCCUGGUACAACCGGUGUUGGUAGAGUUUCGUCGAAACGUGUUGGUUCAAUGGAUGCUAGUUUGGAGAAAAUCUCCAUUGAUAUUCAUACGGAUUCUAGAAAUACCAUUAUUAAUCCUAUUACUAAUACAAAUACUACAACUCAUACUACUAAUAUUAAUACUAUUACUACUACCACACCUAUUAAUAAUAACAAUAACAAUAAUAAUAAUGCUGACACACAACAACUACAUGAUUCAGAAGAUUUUCGAAAACGUGCUCGUAUUUCAACAGAAACACCGCGACCUAUUGUUUUUACUUCAUCUGCCCAAUAA